UUUGUCUUUAGUAGUUUUGUUUUGUUUUUAUUUGAAUUAUUGUUUUUCUUUUCUUUUCUUUAACUUCACGAAUAAUGUAAAUAUUUUUAUUUUCAGUUUUAUUUUUAUUUAUUGUUGUAACACUCAACCAGCGGGUGGACUGAAUGUUUGUAGUUGAAUUGUAACUACAUAACCUGUAAGUACAUUGGUUUAUUAAUAUUUAUUGUUUUGCUUCUUUACGCAACGACGCAUAUUAAUAAUUUUGUUUAGAAUAUUACCUGAUCUCAUUUUAUAUUUAUUAUAAUUUAAUUUUUGAUGUCGGAAACGGAAAGCGAUAGAGCUGAAAUAUUUUUCUCAGCAAGUAGUAAUGAUGCAAGUUUUACCAGUGUUCCUUCUUUGGCUGAGACACUAAUGUCGCAGUUUUCUGAUGGUUCCCGGAACUUUAAUGUUGUUCACAUUAAUGCCCAGAGCGUACCAGCACAUUUUCCUGAUAUGCUGGCAAGUUUUAGCUGUGAGAACAUCCACGCCAUUCUUAUUUCCGAAUCAUGGCUUAAGCCUUGUCUCCCUUCAUGUUCGUAUGCUUUACCUGGCUUCCGUCUUAUUCGCAACGAUCGCAUAAGUGGUGGUGGCGGUGGUGUAGCCAUAUAUCUCCGCACACACAUUGAGUAUACAAUAAUUAGUCUGUCUGCACAGCCUCCUCCACCUAAUGCCGGUGAGCAUCUUUUUCUGGAAGUGGAGCUAAACCACCGUAAAGUUCUCUUGGGUGUCUACUACUCACCCUCGUCACAUUUAGAUUUUUUCUCAUCCUUUGAAGGCAUCCUCGAAACUUUAGUUCCUUCUUACAACCAUUGCAUAAUAAUGGGUGAUUUUAACACAUGUCUUCUUAAAAGUAAUAGUCGUUCUUCUUCUUUUCUAUCUGUUACCGAAUCUUGUAAUUUAUCUAUUCUCCCCUUAAAUGCUACACACACUUUCCCCAACUGUACCCCGUCACUUCUUGACCUAAUUUUGAUUAGCUCUCGAGAUCACGUCGCUAAACACGGACAGUGCUCAGCCGAUGCGUUUUCUUACCACGAUUUACUUUUCCUUUCUUAUAAGAUUCGCCCCCCCAAGGCCAAAUCUAGAAUCCUCUUGCAACGCAAUUUUGGUGGUAUAGACCUGGAUAACCUUCGUGAAGAUGCUAGUGGUAUUGACUGGGACCCCUUAUUUGCAUGUGACGACUGUGACGAAAAGACGAUCUCCAGCUUUAUACGCAAGCCCCGGUGGAAGAAUUGCCUCUUGCUUGCACCAAAGUAAAUAAUGACUUACUUAGUAUAACAAAUUGGAGUAAAUCUUAUGGGCUGCAAAUAAAUCCGACAAAAACUCAGGUCAUUAUUGUCGGUGCACCUAGAAGGCUUGCGACAGUUGAUUGGACGCGAAUUCCCCCAAUUUCAAUUGAUGGAGUUCAAAUACCAGUUAGUGAUAAGGUGAGAAACUUGGGUAUCUUUGUAGAUAGGCAUAUGUCAUGGGAUGCACAAAUUAAAGAAACUUGUCGAAAGAUUUAUGCGGCUGCAGGAUCCUUAAGACGUCUGCGAAAUUUUCUCCCUACUGCCACCAAGACUGCGCUUGCACAAUCUCUUCUUCUCCCCAUCCUUGAUUAUGCUGAUGUUAGCUAUCUCGAUCUCACUGAAGCACAAUUAAAUAAACUAGAGCGUCUUCAAAAUUUCUGUUUAAGAUUUAUAUUUGGCUUACGAAAAUAUGAUCACGUCUCAGAAUUUCGCGCUAAGCUCAAGUGGCUGCCAAUUCGCCUUCGUCGGAAUGCUCAUAUUCUUUCUUUGCUCUAU